UAUGACGUAGGGUACGUACCAAGUUGCAUGGUACGUGCAGCGUACAUACAGUGUUCUCGUUUAUUAUUCUCACCUGGUAACGUGUUUAAAAAUAUUUUGGACAUGAGGACUGUGGCAAAGCUCAAGUGUGGUGUGUGGUAAGAGUAGACCCAGUCGGAAUUGUAAUAGGACCACUCGCUUACGUCUUGUAAGCAAACUGCUAUCGACGUUUAGCUUUGGUAAGCUCAGCUGGGAACGUUAACGUAACGCUAUCUUUGAACCGUACUAAAUACGGUUAGAAGGGUUACUAACUUCAGUUAAAUGGCGAGCUGACUGUUGUUAUUGGUGUUUUUUUUUAUUAACUCGGCUGAGGAAACUCUCCAUUUGGAAAGUAAUAUCUCCAAGUUAUAAACGGGUCCCCAACAGCUCGCUAGGUAACGUUAGAGCAGGUCACCUUCCGUCGCAGCUGUGUGUGUGUGUGUGUGUGUGUGACUUCUUUUACCUCCCCGACUUCUGUGACUGGACAAUAAUAAUAACUUCACCUGACCAGAGGAAUGACAUAUGACCCAGUAUGUCGGCUACGUAACCGCAGAGCCGUCAUUCAACGCGUCUAUUUGGCCAUGUAAUUGAGUUCAUGGUUGUGUGUUCACUUGUAAGAAUGACUCGCCGCUCGGUGGCAAAGUUUGUGUGCCUUGGGAAUCGAGCUGUGAGCCUGCUGUGUGGAAACUCCCUUCGCCCCGUUCACACUUCAGUAUGCAACGUCUCAUCGCAGCAAAAAGCUGGAUUCAAACCGGAAAAAGUAGCAGUGGUUACAAAGACUACGCGAUAUGAGUUUGAACUGCAGCGGUAUCGCUAUGCGGGGCUCUCUGAAGAGGACUUUAAACAGCUGCUUGCUAUGAAGGGCUCCAGCUACAGCGGCCUGAUGGAAAGACACAACAUCCACACUAACAAUGUGGAACACAUUGUGAAGAGCCUGCGGGGACAAGGCAUUGAGGUACAAGUUGUGAAGAGAGGAGAAUAUGAUGAAGAAGUAGUUCGAUGGGCAGAUGCCAUUAUCUCUGCUGGAGGUGAUGGGACAAUGCUACUUGUUGCCAGUAAGGUUUUAAGCAAGGACAAACCAGUUGUUGGAGUUAAUACAGACCCUGAGAGGUCAGAAGGUCAUCUGUGCCUGCCUGUGCGGUACACUCAUGUCUUCCCAGAGGCACUGGCGAAACUCUGUCGUGGUGAGUUCAGGUGGCUGUGGCGUCAGAGGAUCCGUCUGCACUUAGAGGGCACAGGAAUCAAUCCCACCCCCGUGGACCUGCAUGAGCAGCAGCUGAGCCUGGAGCAGCACAGCCAAGCUCACCGCAUCACCACCAUGGGCCGUCACCAAAGGACAGGAACACUACAUGACAGCGUCUCCAAACCUAGACUCCUCCCGAUCAGAAGCCUGAAUGAAAUCUUCAUCGGAGAAUCUCUGUCCUCCAGGGCUUCCUACUAUGAGAUCUCUGUGGAUGACGGCCCGUGGGAAAAGCAGAAGAGUUCAGGACUCAGCAUUUGUACAGGAACGGGAUCCAAAGCCUGUGUUUUCUCUCUCUUGGUCAGGUCAUAUAACAUCAACAAACUUGUUGAACAAUCUGUGGAGGAGGUUCUAAAAAUCGGGAAGUCUCAAACAGGUCUUGAUAUCCCGCUAAAUCGUGACUUCAUCGAAAAGGUUACUGACGAAUACAACGAGUCUCUGGUGUUCAGUCCGGAUGAGAGACGUUUGUUCUACAGCAUCAGGGAGCCCAUCGUCAACCGAGUCUUCUCCAGCAGUCGGCAGAGAGGCUUCGCCAGCAAGGUGUCUGUCCGCUCACGGUGUUGGGACGCCUGCAUGGUGGUCGACGGCGGGACUUCGUUCGAGUUCAACGACGGCGCCAUCGCUACACUCAGCAUGAGCGAGGAGGAUCAGCUCCGGACCGUCGAUCUCGAAAACUGAGAAGAGUCCAGAGAACCCGACACUGGACUGGUGUCUCUCAGGCCAGCUGUUUAAAGGGAUGGGGCUCUUCACCUUUUAGCCUGCGCAAGUGUUAAAUAUUUUUAUACCUGGGGGGGGAAAAAAGGUAUUAUUGUUGCUAUUGUUUUAUUGAAUGUGUGCAUUUUCACAAACUAUUUCCAACUCCUUUUUUUUUUUUUUUUUUCUUUUGCUUUUCAUUCUCUAUUCCACUAUCCCCAGGUUAGACCAGGUUUUGAUCCUCUGUGUUCUAAUGGCUUUGAUACAUUUUAGAGAUACUGUGUUAAGCAAUAUUUAAAGUAUGUUACUAUUGACUGUCUUUCAAUGCAUCACAUCAACAGAGAGCAGAGGGAUUGAAUUUGUAUCCAACAAUGUAUUUCAGAUUACAUUUUGUGUUGUGCUUUCACACCCGUGUAGCUUUCAGUUAAUGACCUUUAAUUGAUAAGAAUGAAGUUAUUCUAUAUAUAUAUAUAUUUUUAUUGUCAACAAAUCUCAAAAUGAGUCCGACUCACUACUUUCUGACCUCCCAAGCGGUCUGUGUCACUCAACCCUAAGUCCAUUUGUUCUUACUGAAGACAUAAGUCUUGGAAAACAGCUCACAAAUAUAAUAAUAAAAACUCCUUUUUUUUAAUGAACACUACUCAAACAGGAGGAAAUGGUGCAUUUGGUGGAUUAUUUUCAGCAACAGAUUAAUGACACUUGGUACUUUUGUGGCAGCAGGACGGUGUGUGUGGGGGAUUGAGUCAAAAUAAAUCUAGUGUGGGUGUUCCUGGUAAUGGAAGGCACUGGGUGAUGUCGUUUGGCUCUGCAAAUGGGAUUUGUAUAGAUUACCAGACUUUCAAAAGUCUUAAUUUGUGCUUGUAUAAAGGUUUAUCUAUAUGGUUAACUGAAAGCCCAGUGGCUGUCUGUUACGUCUUGUUUGAUGACUAAAGAUAUUUUUGGAACAAAGCUUAUAUUUUUUCUAGCUCUUUUAAGCCAUUUGAGCUACGAAUUAAGUUUGAUUAAGAAAGACAAAAACAGAUUGAAAUGCACUAAAAACACCAUGCUUUAAAGGGGCAUGUUUAGGUCAAAAGUAUGUCUUGUAACCUUUCAAAGACCGGAUGUUUAGCUUUAGGAGUGCUCCUGAAAUGGCAGCAUGUGCCUAUUUCCACAUCCAAAACUACAGGGUGUAUACUAUAUCUGAUAUGAAGUGAAACAAACAAAUGGCUUUUAACCAGUAAAGCCACAUGAAACUAAAUGCUUAAACGAUGCUGUAUAUGGUGAUGCUGAAAUUCUAAAUCACAGUCUGACCAACGUGGUGGUGUAGUCGUAAUGAUUUCAAAUAUUGAAUACAAAUCUAGUCGGUCUCUUGUGUGCACUUGUAAUUCCACUUGAUCAGUUUAACUUUUUUUUUUUUGUUUCAACUUGUAUAUAUAUAUAACCCCUCUCUGCCUUUUUUUUUUUUUUUUUUUUUUUUUUUAGGACUAGUUUCCAAAAACAAUCAGGAAAUUGUAAUAUGCAGCGUUCCUCAUGAGUAUAUUGUGUCAGUGUGUUAGGAUGUGCUUUGUUUUUGAAUCAGAUAAAGUGAAAUGGAAAAAGAAA